CUUUCUCUACCUCAUUACAAUGGCACAAUAUAAGUCCAAGAUUUACAGAAAAAUCGGUUAUAGAGAGAGCGUAUUCUCUUCCUUGUCUUCGCGUCAUUUACCCGCCAUUUUGAAUAUUACGAAGCGCGCUCUCGGCCUCGUUUUGGUGCUCCUCUCAAAAGUACAGCGGACGAAACAGCGGACUCGAUCAAAACUGUAUGCGCUAUCUCCUGAGCUUCGCGAUGUAAACAAAGAACUGGGUCGUCCAGAAAUAAAAUGCGACAAGUUGAAAGGAAUCUUUGUCAUUAACCCGUGGAUCUACACUUUAGCAUGCAAGGACGCCUUUAUUGAAUUAGUCAAUAGAUGCAAGGUUUUGCCUGUUUUAUUCAUGGAGCCCUUUGCUCAUGACAAGGGAGAGGGAGCAAAGAAAGUCAUUGUAGCUUCAAGCAGCUCCAGUACUCAUGGCCUUAGAGCAAGAUCGUCAAAAAGUUCAGGUUCUCCAAGACACAGCAAAAAUCGAGCCACAAAAUCUUAUGGCGGAGCCCGCAACUUGAAUGGUAGCUUGAUCGGUUUAUCAUGGCCAAGCACCCCUGACCUAGGAAGCCAGUUAUCACCUGGGAAUGCAAGCCCAGAGAAAAUACCCCUGGGGCACUACAGAACUGGAAGCAGCUUUGAGAAUUCCCUUCCAGGAAUGCAGCUUAAUUCUAAUGAGUUUCUGUGUGACUCCAGUGUUGCAAAGUUUAAUGCUGGACUCUUUUCAUCAAUCACUAGUCAAACUAGUCAAGAGUUAGAUGUAGAAGAAGCCAUGGAUAUUGAUCAUCAAGAAGUUAAUGAUGACGCUGCUUGUCCUGAAGAAGGUAAUUCAUCUGAGCCAGGAGCCUCAGAAGAGAAGAGCCUCUCUGGAGGAGAAAGCAACACUCUUUCUUCGGAUGUUAGCUCAAAGGAACCAAAAAGGGAAAUCCUAGUUGCAAAUCGCAAGAAGGAAGUGAAUGAACAGAAGCCGCAAUUAUCGAAAACUACUUCGACUACUUUAUCAAACAAAAAAAGAGCCAUUUACAUAGUUCUUCAUGUCAGCACUAUACGGAUUGGAGAGUUGAUUGGAAAGGCCUCUGCUCCUGUAAAGAUAUAUGCAGAGAAAAUGUUCAUAGAAAUGGAUACUAAUGAAGGUAAAACAUGCACAAUAUAGUAAUUUGAUUUGAUUUGAUUUACUUUGGUUUUGGUUUGGUCUGGUUUGCUUUUUGCUGAGUCACCAAGUUGUUACAUGUGCCAAAAAUGAUGUCUAAAAUGAGCACUUUAAUUAAAUAGCUGAAACAUUUUGAUGUCUUCCAACUCGCGUGCCUUAAUUAGGCAUACAGGUGUAAUUUUUCAUAUGUGUGGAUCAAAAACUUCACUCAUGCUCCAUUUCACAUACCCUCUAAAUCAAAACCAACUAAACACCAUGUGAAAUGUUUGUUGAGCUAGUACAGCACUAACUGACUUACUUUCAAAAAAUUUAGAUAACCUCAAUUUAAGACACAGAUGAUGUGAAAUUGUAGAAAUCAAAGAUUAGAAACAAUAUUGCUCUCAACCACCAUCA